CAUUGGGGCCUCCAAAGGGGGGGGGGGAGGGGGGGACCUCAAUCCAGAAGGUUCUAUGGGGUCUCCUGGAAGGUGGAAUGGCAUUCCGGAAGGUUCUAUGGGGUCUCCUGGAAGGCGCAAUGGCAUUCCAGAAGGUUCUAUGGGGUCUCCUGGAAGGCGGAAUGGCAUUCCAGAAGGUUCUAUGGGGUCUCCUGGAAGGCGCAAUGGGAUUCCAGAAGGUUCUAUGGGGUCUCCUGGAAGGCGGAAUGGCAUUCCAGAAGGUUCUAUGGGGUCUCCUGGAAGGCGGAAUGGCAUUCCAGAAGGUUCUAUGGGGUCUCCUGGAAGGCGCAAUGGGAUUCCAGAAGGUUCUAUGGGGUCUCCUGGAAGGCGGAAUGGCAUUCCAGAAGGUUCUAUGGGGUCUCCUGGAAGGCGCAAUGGCAUUCCAGAAGGUUCUAUGGGGUCUCCUGGAAGGCGGAAUGGCAUUCCAGAAGGUUCUAUGGGGUCUCCUGGAAGGCGGAAUGGCAUUCCAGAAGGUUCUAUGGGGUCUCCUGGAAGGCGCAAUGGGAUUCCAGAAGGUUCUAUGGGGUCUCCUGGAAGAGGGAAUGGCAUUCCAGAAGGUUCUAUGGGGUCUCCUGGAAGGCGGAAUGGCAUUCCAGAAGGUUCUAUGGGGUCUCCUGGAAGGCAGAAUGGGAUUCCAGAAGGUUCUAUGGGGUCUCCUGGAAGGCGCAAUGGGAUUCCAGAAGGUUCUAUGGGGUCUCCUGGAAGGCGGAAUGGCAUUCCAGAAGGUUCUAUGGGGUCUCCUGGAAGGCGGAAUGGCAUUCCAGAAGGUUCUAUGGGGUCUCCUGGAAGGCGGAAUGAGAUUCCAGAAGGUUCUAUGGGGUCUCCUGGAAGGCGGAAUGGCAUUCCAGAAGGUUCUAUGGGGUCUCCUGGAAGGCGGAAUGGGAUUCCAGAAGGUUCUUCGGGACCUUUUGGGCCCCGGAUUUUCUGUGCGGACCCUCCGGAGGCUCCACCCGAUCUCCACCUUCCGUUUCCACCUCCAUUCCUUCGUCCCCAAAGUCACCCAAAGGCUCCGGAAGGUCCCCAAAGGGGUCGAUGACCUCCGGGUUGUCCUCAAAGUCCAUCUCCUCUCCUUUCCUGGUGGUUCCGUCACCUCUGAGCUCCUCCAAACCCUCCCAGAUGCCUUCAAGGUGGGACAUCUCCUCUCCGUCACCUCUUUCUUUGUGGUUUGGCCAAAACUUGUGGUCACCUCUGUGUUUUGGUGACCACUUGGAGACCCUGGAGAUGCCUUCAAGGUCUCCAUCAUCAUCUC